UCACAUUGUACUGCACCACUCCCUACAAUCUCAGAUCCCACCUGAUAAGCCCUGUGUACAGAGGUGUACCCAUGUUAGACACCCAGAUUAGCCCACCUCCUUGUCCCACUGUUGAACCAUGUGACGAUAAGGGUCCUGUUGAUUGCGAGGGAGCAGAGGGCGGAGAGGGGUGGAGCUUGGAGUGUCUACAAACCAUCCAUACCGAAGACAGUGCCCAUUAUUUGUCACCAUCUCCUUGGCGAGACUCAUUCAAUAGCUCUCGGACAGGUGUAUGCGAGAGUCGACCGUUGUCUAUGACUGACUUUGGGGAUAGUUUGAUUGAGUGUGAUCAUGCUGAGCAAGACUUCAAGAAACUGUCUAUGGAGCUUUUGGAAUCCAGUGAAGUCUCUGAAAAGAUUUCCUUUAUACAACAACCAACAACAAGUGAGCAAAGGCUUCAGCCUGCUGAGCUAACUUCAGAUGCAAUGACAGAAUCCACGCAGGCCAAACAAAUGGACAGAAGACACCUGGAUGAAGUUUCACAUCGACUUUAUAAAGUCCUGUAUGGUUAUGAUGUCGACCCGAUAGACUCAGAUGGUGACAAUGUGUCUGUGGUGCCCGGAGACAUAGUUCCAGCUGAGGUCAAGGAAGAUGACGUUGAGGGAGCUGCUUCACAAACAAACAUUGAUGAACAUGUGUUAAACCCUAUCCUUGACAGUGUAGCUGACCAUGCCUCAAUUUCAGAUGACCUUGAUCUCAAAUCCACUGAUGCCAUUAAUCAAACACAGGAUACUACCACUCAGGCAUUAGCAGGUCCUUCUGAUAUGAAUUGCACCAAGCCGGAUCUCAUGAGCUCGGACAGCUUUAUUCAGGUGUUACAUGACUCAGUUUGUGAACAGACAGAUGCUCAUUCAGUAAAUAACGCUCUCUCAGUUAUACCAGGAGCCGAGUGUAGCUUUGAGAAACCACUGUCCUCCACACGAAAUGAACCUGAAAACGAGGUUGUGGAUUCUGCAAAGUUUACACAAGACAUUGAGGCAUCCUGUCCUAGCUUAUUUUAUGAUGGAUCGUCUUCACCUGAAUGUGUGACCAAUGCAGCAAUAUUACUGACAGAAAGUAGGGCCUCAUCGCCUGAAUCAGCAUCAUCAUUAAAUGAGCUAAACUUUCUUGCACCCGAUUCUCCAGUACCUCAGUUUAGGCCGUUGUCUCCCCUACCACCUGCUGUUUUUCCAUGGGAAAAUGUUGAUGUUGAGCCUUCAGCCAGGGGGCAACAGGGAGGGACUUACAUGCUGUUAACAGCAGAAGCAGAGGAAAGGCCAUUAACACCAAUGGUUUCUAAUAAAAGACCAUUUGGAAAACCAGUAUCGUUAGGCAGCGAUUAUAGUGAUGAGGGAUCAAUCUCACCUCAAUCGUUAACUUUCGAUCUAGAAGACAGGGCGUUAUCACCGGAGUCUAUCAUUUUAGAAGCAAUACCGUGGUUUUUUACAUCCUCUGAGCGUUUGACUCCAUCUCCUGAUUUCCACGAGACAAGACCAUCAUCGCCUGAAUCCUUUGGGUCCAUCACUGCACAUUGUCAGCUUCCACCAGACUCCCCCGUCCCAGAAUUCAGACCAGUCUCUGAGAUUUGUACAACCUGGCAAAGUAGAUUGUCAUCACCUGAGUCUGUGUCAUCGAAUUCGGAUUUUGAAACACCACUAUUGUUAUCAACGCUUUUUAAAGACAGGCCAUCAUCCCCAGAAUCUGUAGCAUCUGUAAACAAAUAUAAAGCAUUGUCAAUUGAUUCACCUAUACCUGAAUUCGGUCACAACAGGCCUGACUCAGCGGUUGUAAUGAUAGGGGAGAGAUCUACUUCACCUGAAUCUGUAAGCUCAGUUGAAGAAUAUGGUUCAUCACUUAACCAUGAAGACAGAGCUUCAUCACCUCCUUCAGUCGCAUCUGGAGAUGAAUCUGAAUCUGUUUUACCUGUGGCUGGACAUACAUCACCCUUCCCUGAGUCCGUUGAAUCUGCAGAGGUAGAGUGGGAUUCCAUACCUGAUGAUUAUAGAAUAAAUUCACCUGAACCAUUGGAUCCUGAUACACAGAGAAAACCAUCAAAACCUGUGGAAUCAGUGUCUGAGAGUGAAGAUGAUUGGGUUGUUUUAUUGUUGUCUGAUAUUGAGGAAAGGCCACUUUCGCCAGUGCCUGACUACAGUCCAAUGUCUCCACAGUCAGCAGAAGUAGACAUUACAGCACCCUUUCCUGAAUCAGAAACCCUCAAUGAGUGUUUAUCCCCAGAUUCACCCCUACCACAAUAUAAGCCAUCUGUCCACGAUGCUGUUACUUUAAAGUGUCAUGCAUCAUCACCAGAAUCUGAGCUGUCAGAUACAGAAUAUGAGGCAAUGCCAUUGCUCUCAUAUUUUGAGAAUAGGCCAUUAUCCCCAGAUUCUAGUGGUUCAAAACCAACAGGAGCUGCAGUUUUUGUAGAAGAAUGUACUGAAAAGCAGUUUGAAACAGAAACAAACAUUCAUCUGGAGGAGUCAAAAACUGAAGAAAAAAAUCUUCUGAAAUUUGAUGAAUCUGAAGAUUCCAAGACACAAUCAGUAGUAUUUGAUGAGAUUCAGUCUGACAAAACCAUUGUCACACCACCCUCAAGAGCUGAGGUCUUAUCGACUAAUUCAGUUAUGGAAGUAUUAUCUCAUGAUGAAGGAAACAAUCCUGUUUCCAAGAAGAAAAAAUCUGUGAGAAAGAAAAAAUCAAAGAAAUUAAUCACAACUGAUUAUGAACCUGUGCAGGAUGUUACACAACAUAAAAGAAAAUCACCUAAGCCUUUCAAUAAAACACAUGAGGAGAUACUAGAAUCUGAUCAAACUCUGUCGCCUAUUUUGCCUCCAGAAACUGCUUCUGAUGCGCCGUCAUUGGCAGUCACUGCAAAUGUCCCUGAAGAUCAGCACUUAUUUAGAGAACACUGGAAGCUGAUCUCACAAAUCUGUGACCCUCAGUAUUUGGGAGAAAGCUUCAUGGGUAAAAAAGGAGGGUUUCAGUGUGCUGUAACAGAGAUAGAGUCCUAUCAAUCAGAGGCAGAUGUGACAUUUGAAAAUGUCCCUGUUGUAGAGAAAGCUUCUUUUCAGUCAGGAGGCUACGAAAGAUCACUUUCACCAGAUUCGGAAGCCGAAUAUAGACCCAUGUCACCACAUUCGCUGCUGGUCCUAGACUCACUUAGACAAGAAUCCUUCCACUCAGGGGACUCUGUGGAUAGUCAGCGAGCUUUAUCACCGGAUUCCCCUAUUCCUCAGUACCUCGCCUCUUCCUCUGGACCCACACACAUUUACUGUAGAUCAGUGUCAACAGAGUCAGUACUGUCAGAUCUGGAGGCUGAUUUCAACAUUCCAUUUGUUUUUGAGGACAGACCAGCUUCUUGUGAUUCAGUAUCCUCCGCCAGCUGUGCACUAUCACCCGAAUCACCAAUUGCUGAUUUUAGACCGUUUUUACCAGAUUCAGUUGUAAUGACUGGAUUGGAUCGGUCUUCCUCAGUUGAAUCAAUAACCUCUGAUCUGGAAUGUGAUUAUUUCCCAUUGCCGUUAUUGUUUGCUGAGAACAGACCAUCAUCACCUGAUUCCAUCAGUGAAAAUGGGCCACUUUCUACAGAGUCUCCCAUUCCUGUAUUUAAACAGACUUGCCUAGAAUCAAAUGUUUGUACUGCACUUGAAAGAUCCGCAUCACCUGUUUCAGUUUGUUCAGAUAAAGAAUAUGGUUCUAUAUCACUGUCACAAUUAUCCUCUGACAGGAGACCAUCCUCCCCUAAUUCAGUAGUUUCUGGGGAUGACUACAGAGGUGAUUCGCCGAUACCAGAUUUCCAACCUGGGCUGACGGAAUCAGUUCCAUUUGUUGCUCAUAGAUCAUCUUCUCCUGAGUCAGUGAUUUCUGAUGUUGAAUCUACACACUCAAGUAUAGACAUAAGUAUUUGCCAGCAUAGACCUGACUCGCCAGAGUCACAAAUACCGGAGACCACAGAGAGACAGUUAGGGUGUAUUGGGCCAACCUCAUCUCUAAAGGCAGUAAGUGUGCCAGUAUAUAGACUUGUUUAUGAUGCUGAACUUUGGAAGCUCAUUUCUCAAAUUCGUGAUCCUCACUAUGUUGGAGAAACGUUUUGCAGUAAAACGGGUGUUUUUGAGUAUGCUGGAACAAGAAUUGAGUACGUUCCGGAGGAUUCAGAUGUAAAAGAGGGAGACUUAGAGGAUGGUGUGAAGAUUGACAUUGAAGAGUCAUCUGAUGCAGAUGGUCUACAACCAAUGCAAACAAAGGCCGAGGGGGAACAGAGACCAGUGUCACCUGAUUUUGGUUCUUCAAAAGACUCCUCUCCAGUUAUAAAUUCUGAAUCAGUAGUUACUAUGUUUCAAGAAAGGCAGUCAGCUGCUAACGCAACAUUUACAGUAAACCAGUUGAUGUGUAAACUUUAUGAUCCUUUUUAUGUAGGAGAAGCCUUUGUAAGCAGAACUGAGGAGUUUGAUUAUGUGGAGUAUAGUAAGGAGUACGGUCCCCUUGACUCAGGUGAAGAAAAGACAGGUAGGCCAAUGUCACCUGAGUCUGAGGCGGAAUAUAGCCCUGACUCACCAGUGCCUGACUUUAAGACAGAGUUACAGAACUCUCUUGCUUUGGUUGGCGGAUAUAGAUCAUCCUCACCUGGUUCAGACACCUCAGAUCUUGAGGAUUCAUCAAGAUGUUUUCCUUCCGACUUCGACAUUCAAGACAGACCGGAUUCUCCCCAUUCAGUGACAUCAGAAAUUAAUAAGAGGCGACUUUCACCAGAAUCGAUUCCAGAGUAUAGGCCUUCGUCCUCUCAGUCAAUGAUGAUAGCAACAGGAUUUAGGACAUCAUCUCCUGAUUCAACAACAUCAGUCAAUGAGCUCACAACAUUAGCGGCAGAUUCUCCUGUACCGCAGUUUAGACAACAUGUAGAAUCAGCUGUGUUAAUUUCAGAGAGUGGGACAUCAUCACCCCUAUCCGUAAUGUCAGACACUGACAUGUAUGUUCUGGACACGCCAUUUAUUGAUGUACAAGGGAGAUCCUUCACACCCGAUUCUGAAAAUGAGUUGCGGGCACUUUCACUAGAUUCACCCAUACCUGAAUUCAGACAGGCUGUACUCGACCCAGCCAUUUCAAAUGCUGAAUAUAGGUCUACGUCACCAGAGUCAGUCGUUUAUUCAGAUAUAGAUUAUGAUGAUGAUCCAUUUGCAUUAGCAUUUGAUGAUCAUAGGCCUCCAUCUCCUGAUUCAGUGUCAUCCAAACGCCAGUCCAUGUCACCUGAUUCACCUAUACCUCAAUACAUUACAAGAGUAUCUGAACGUUUUCCGUCAUUUGUUGAGUUUAAGCCAGCGUCCCCUCAAACAGGUACACUGGGUGUUGAGCGUGCACCUUUGAUGAAUUUCCCUCCUGAUACUGAAGACAGACCAAACUCUCCAGAGUCAUUAGAACUAGAAGUUGUAGAGAGACUGCUCUCACCUGAUUCGGAAGCAGAGUAUAAGUGUUUCUCACCUACAUCACUGCUGUCGAUGUCCAAUUUCAGAUCAUACUCUCCUGAAUCAACUAGCUCUCUGAAUAAAUUUAGGGCUCUUUCGCCAGACUCCCCUAUUCCAGACUUUAGUCAGGCUCUACAAGAGGCCUUACAGAAGUACAUGGAAUGUAGAUCUUCUUCACCAGAGUCAGUGUUGUCAGAUUUGGAAGUGGAAAUGGAAUUACCGUUCUCUAUGUUACUUGAGAACAGACCUUCAUCAGCUGACUCUUUAGCAUCGGUCAGUAAAUACAGAAGACUCUCACCUGAUUCUCCCAUACUUCAGUUUAGGCCAGCUUUGCCAGUUCCACCCGCUACCAUUGAGUCUUAUAGGUCAUCAUCGCCAGAAUCAGUGACAUCAGAUGAAGAACUUGCUCCCCUAUUGUCUCAGCCAUUUGAAAUCGAAGGGAGCGCAAAUUCUCCAGAAUUGUUCUAUGAAUACCAGUGUUUGUCUCCAGACUCACCAGUACCUCAAUACACCUAUACUGAACAUCCCGUGUUCACGGUAAUGUAUAGAUCUGCAUCUCCUUGGUCAGUACAUUCAGAUGAGGAUUUGGAGACAGAUUUAUGUGUCCCCUGGCUUCUCGAGGAGAGAGCAGCAUCUCCUGGUUCAGCUGCAUCCAAAGAUGAAUUUAGACGUCUUUCGCCAGAUUCACCCAUUCCUGACUUUACAAUGGGACUAUGUGAAUCCCAGGGUUCACAUGCUGACUUAAGGUACACCUCACCUGAAUCAGCGUUGUCUGAUUUGGACAUGGAAAUUGAGUCAUCUUUCCCAGUGAUCAUAGAAGACCGACCCUCCUCUCCUGAGUCCAUAGCAUCUCUCAAUAUAUACAGAAGACUCUCUCCUGAUUCUCCUGUUUCUGACUUCAGGCAGUCUUUUCAAGAGACGUAUCCCGAGUUUCGUGCUAACAGGGCUUCAUCACCUGAAUCCGAGGCUUCAGAAAUAGAAUAUGCUCCUUUCAUUUCACAGAUGUCGGAUUUUGAGGACAGAGCAGAAUCCUAUCAAUCAGGCUUGUCUGACUCUGAUCUUCGAGGUUUGUCUCCUGACUCUCCAGUGCCCCAGUACACAAUGAUUGCAAGCACUAUGUCAGGAGUAAGAUACCGAUCCACAUCACCUGAAUCAGUAUUUUCAGAUGAGGAUUUAGACACAGAUGUAUGUAUCCCUUGGCUUUUUGAGGAUAGGGCAGCAUCUCCUGGUUCAGCUGCAUCCAAAGAUGAAUUCAGACCUCUUUCCCCAGAUUCACCCAUUCCUGAAUUUACAAUGGCACUAUGUGAAUCCACAGUAUCUCACAUGGAUUUUAGGUCCACCUCACCUGAAUCAGCGUCGUCCGAUUUGGAUAUGGAAAUUGAGUCACCUUUCCCAGUGAUCAUAGAAGACCGACCCUCAUCUCCAGAAUCCUUAGCAUCUCUCAAUAAAUAUGGAAGACUUUCACCUGAUUCCCCUGUUUCUGACUUCAGACAGGCUUCUCUAGAGACAUAUCUUGAAUUUAAUGCUUACAGGUCUUCUUCGCCUGAAUCUGAGUCAACAUGUUCAGAUAUAGAAUACAUUGUUACGAGCCUAGGAACACUAGAUUAUCAAAAAAGAAACUCUUCUCCUGGCUCAGGAGAAUCUGGAGAUGAAUACCAGGCCCUGUCACCAGACUCACCUAUACCUGAAUUCACACAGUCACGUCCUGAGUUCCCCAUUUCACAUAUGGACUUGAGGUCCACUUCCCCAGAAUCAGUUUUGUCUGAUUUGGACAUGGACAUUGAGUCAUCUUUCCCAGUAAUCACAGAAGACCGGCCUUCAUCUCCUGAGUCCUUAGCAUCUCUCAAUAAAUACAGAAGACUCUCUCCUGAUUCUCCUGUUUCUGACUUCAGGCAGUCUUUUCAAGAGACGUAUCCCACGUUUCGUGCUAACAGGGCUUCAUCACCUGAAUCCGAGGCUUCAGAAAUAGAAUAUGCUCCUUUCAUUUCACAGAUGUCGGAUUUUGAGGACAGAGCAGAAUCCCAUCAAUCAGGCUUGUCUGACUCAGAUCUUCGAGGUUUGUCUCCUGACUCUCCAGUGCCCCAGUACACAAUGAUUGCAAGCACUAUGUCAGGAGUAAGAUACAGAUCCACAUCACCUGAAUCAGUAUUUUCAGAUGAGGAUUUAGACACAGAUGUAUGUGUCCCCUGGCUUUUUGAGGAUAGGGCAGCAUCUCCUGGUUUAGCUGCAUCAGACGAUGAAUUUAGACGUCUUUCACCAGAUUCACCCAUUCCUGAAUUUACACUGGCACUUUGUGAAUCCUACAUUUCACAUGCUGACUUAAGGUCCAAUUCACCUGAAUCAGUCUUGUCUGAUUUGGACAUGGAAAUCGAGUUGUCUUUUCCAUUGACCAUAGAAAACAGAAAUUCAUCUCCUGAAUCCUUAGCAUCUCUCAAUAAAUAUCAAAGACUCUCUCCUGAUUCCCCUGUUUCUGACUUCAGACAGGCUUCUCUAGAGACAUAUCUUGAGUUUAAUGCUUACAGGUCUUCGUCACCUGAAUCUGAGUCAACAUGUUCAGAUAUAGAAUACAUCGUUAUGAGCCUAGGAACACUAGAUUAUCAAAAAAGAAACUCUUCUCCUGGCUCAGGAGAAUCUGGAGAUGAAUACCAGGCCCUGUCACCAGACUCACCUAUACCUGAAUUCACACAGUCACGUCCUGAGUUCCCCAUUUCACAUAUGGACUUGAGGUCCACUUCCCCAGAAUCAGUUUUGUCUGAUUUGGACAUGGACAUUGAGUCAUCUUUCCCAGUAAUCACAGAAGACCGGCCUUCAUCUCCUGAGUCCUUAGCAUCUCUCAAUAAAUACAGAAGACUCUCUCCUGAUUCUCCUGUUUCUGACUUCAGGCAGUCUUUUCAAGAGACGUAUCCCGAGUUUCGUGCUAACAGGGCUUCAUCACCUGAAUCCGAGGCUUCAGAAAUAGAAUAUGCUCCUUUCAUUUCACAGAUGUCGAAUUUUGAGGACAGAGCAGAAUCCCAUCAAUCAGGCUUGUCUGACUCAGAUCUUCGAGGUUUGUCUCCUGACUCUCCAGUGCCCCAGUACACAAUGAUUGCAAGCACUAUGUCAGGAGUAAGAUACAGAUCCACAUCACCUGAAUCAGUAUUUUCAGAUGAGGAUUUAGACACAGAUGUAUGUGUCCCCUGGCUUUUUGAGGAGAGAGCAGCAUCUCCUGGUUCAGCUGCAUCAGACGAUGAAUUUAGACGUCUUUCACCAGAUUCACCCAUUCCUGAAUUUACACUGGCACUUUGUGAAUCCUACAUUUCACAUGCUGACUUAAGGUCCAAUUCACCUGAAUCAGUCUUGUCUGAUUUGGACAUGGAAAUUGAGUUGUCUUUUCCAAUGACCAUAGAAAACAGAAAUUCAUCUCCAGAAUCCUUAGCAUCUCUCAAUAAAUAUCGAAGACUCUCUCCUGAUUCCCCUGUUUCUGACUUCAGACAGGCUUCUCUAGAGACAUAUCUUGAGUUUAAUGCUUACAGGUCUUCGUCACCUGAAUCGGAGUCAACAUGUUCAGAUAUAGAAUACAUCGUUACAAGCCUAGGAACAUUAGUUUAUGCAAAAAGAAACCCCUCUCCUGGCUCAGAAGAAUCUGGAGAUGAAUACCAGGCUCUAUCAGCAGACUCACCUAUACCUGAAUUCACAGCCGCAGUGCCUGAAAGUGUUAUUGUGAAUGCUUGUUUUAGAUCAUCAUCCUCUGAAUCCACUGAAUCAGAAAUUGAGUAUGCUUUGAGUGAGUUGUUGAUGUCUAUGAAUUCUGGUGUUGAGGAUAGACCAGUUUCUCCUGAAUCAGCAGGAUCGGAGGUACAAGAAAGGCCACUUUCGGUUGAAUCCGUACCAGAAUAUAAACCCUUUUCUCCGAACGAACUGAUGUUACUUGGAAACAUUCGAUCUGUAUCUCCAGAAUCUACUCAGUCAUUUGAUGAACACAAGAGGUUGUCUCCAGACUCCCCUCUUCCUUGGUUUACACAAAAUGUUGAUGUGACUAUGACUGCAGGAACACACGUUGGCUGUUCAUCCCCAGAAUCAGUGUUGUCAUAUACCGAAUGUGGUUUGGCUUUAUAUGAUGAAGAUGUCAUUGACAGGCCACUAUCACCUCAGUCAGAGAAGUCAGAUGAUGAAUUUAAACCCUUGGCAACAAUACAAACCUUAGGCCAGUUAUGUACAGAGGAGACUGGAGUAUCACCAGCAUCUGUUGAAUCAUGUAUGGAAGAAUUUCUCGGUGUAUCCAAAUCUUUAGUACCUGGAAUAAAUGUCCAAAUUUCCAAUGAAGCAACCAUUGAUAGCGCUGCUUCAUCAACAGCGAUGGCACCUACCUCACUUGGAGAAUCAGUCAUCAUGGUAGCUGAGUAUAAUCUUGUUGAGGAUGCAGAGUUGUGGAAGCUGAUUUCUCAAGUACGUGAUCCUCUGUAUGCUGGUGAAACUUACAGUCGUAAAACGGGGUUUAUGCAAUUUGUUGGCAGUACGUUUGAAACGAGCGUUCCAGAUGAUGACCAGGAUACUAUAGCAAAAUAUGAAAAUCUGCAAGAUUCCUCUGCCACAGCACCACCAUCAGAGGUUACACAUCCAGUAAGUACAAAGGACACAGCUUCAACAGAUGAUGGCAUUCUUUGCACUUCAAGUGCACAAGUCGUAUCUAACAUACGCGUCUUAGAGUCACCUCCACCGAUGAUUGAACAGAUUUUGUCCUCAGGAGCAGCUCCAUACAGACAUGCUCAGUACACAUUUGAAGUACCUGCCACUGAGGCACAGGCAACAGUUUCUGAUUAUGAUAGGAUGGUUGUAUCAGUAUCUGACAGAAAGGAUAAAGAUGAACGGUAUUCACCGGAAUCUUGGACAGACUCCGGACCCAUGUCCCCUGAUGUAGCUAUGGUGUUAGAGACAAGAGCAUCAUCACCAGACUCUGUAACAUCAGUCAAUGAGCUCAGACCGCUCUCACCAGAUUCCCCCUUACCUGAAUUUACAGUCGCGUUGCCAGAAUGCAUAACGUUCCUGAGGUCAGUAUCAUCCUCACCUGAAAGCGUAGCAUCAGAUUAUAUAUCAUUUGCAAAUGUGGAGUCUCAGUUUGUGGAAUGCAGGCCAUCAUCUCCAGAGUCUGCACUGUCGGAAGAUCGGAAUCUGAUCGAUAGGUCUCUGUCGUCAGAGUCACAGCCUGAAUAUAGGCCCAUGUCACUUGAAUCGGCCAUGCAUAUGGCUGACAAAAGAGCGUCAUCCCCAGAAUCAUUGCCUGAGUUCAAUGAGAACAGGCCACUGUCUCCAGACUCUCCCAUCCCUGAGUUUACAGUAUCAUGGAAGGAGUACACUAAUAUGCAUAGGUCAUCAUCACUUGAGUCAUUGGUCUCAGAUUCAGAGUGUGAGCUUGAAGUCACUUCAUCAAGUGCUGCUGAGUAUGACAGACCAUCCUCACCUGAAUCGGUCAAUGAGGUCAGACGACUAUUGCCUGACUCUCCAGUGCCUGAGUUUAUGAGAAUAUUGUCCUCUUAUUUUUUGGAUGCUACCAACAUGGAUAGAUCAUCCUCACCAGUGUCUUUAUCAUCAGACUCUGAAUUUGUUGCUUUACCCAUUGAUUGUUGGAUUGAUGAUAGCCCAAGGCCACUAAGCCCUCAAUCUGCUGAGUCAGAGGAGGAAUUGGGCUUUUGUUAUGAGAGGACUGACAGAUAUGUCUGUAAACCCAAACUUAUGAGUCAUGUGACAUCUCCUUUAUUGCCUGAUCUGUCUUCACCAUUACCGAACAAAAGGCCUUUGGCUGCCUCACCGUUGCUAGUUAAGACCGCUAAGACAAAGCCAGAAGAACAAAAUACAACAGGAUUGAAAUCAGAAGUCUUGUCAUAUAAUGAAUGGAUGCAGCAUGAAUCAGAAGCUGAAGGGAACUCAACCACACAAACAACUGUUUGUGAGGAAAAAGGACUUCCUGUGAAGCCAUCGCUUGUUCAAGACUCAAGAAAAAAGACCUUACACAUCAGUCCUGGAGAACUUAAGAGCAAGACAGCCUCAGAACGGGCUCUUCCUCAGACGCCAGAGGAAACACAUUUUCAUACAGACGACGAGAUGCAAAGAAAGCUGUCGACUGCCACAACAAUGACACAAGACACCACUAAAGUAGAUUUUCUGUUCGCCACUAUGAAAGCAACAAAAUCAGUUCCACUACAACUUCCUGACCAGAGCCUAUACACAACCCACAGAACUGUUACUCCAGUCCUACCUGAGAAGACAUCCUGUCCAAAUUCUGAAAGAUCCUAUGGGUACUCAGAUUUAGAGUUCUCCCCUAAGAAAGCACAGAUCAGUGAGCUUUUUUCACCCAUGUCAACACAGUUUCUGGUGCCACCAGAUUAUGAAGCAGUAUUUUCAGGACAUCAAACCCUAAAGGUUUCUGAAUGUAGCCAGGCCUCCUUGAAUGAUUUGAGUCCAGUGUCUCCAGUGUUCAGUGACUCCAUUUCAGCUCAGGCUGUGAAGGAAGCAAACACCAAAAGAGAGUCUGAAAAUCCUGAAGACUUUGAGUUUUCGCCAGACUUUGACCAAAUCCUCUCAGAAUUUGAGAAAACAGUCUCUGAACUUGAAUCGGAGGAUCCAAAGGACCUCAGCAAGAGAUCAGAAUCUCUCGAGCACUCUGACUCUGAUCUGGAAUUCUUUGACUGCAGACAAGCCAUCUCGGAAUUCUCUGAACCAGAGGAACUGAAGCUUGAACAUGAGAUUACCUAUCAUAUCUCCGAACCCCCAUCCCCAAUGCCCGGGAGCAGCCCAGAUGUUGGCUUCCUGAAAGAGAGCCUUCUGUACACCGAUCAGCCUUACCUCCGCGUGAACGAUUCCAAGCGCUUCUCCUCUGGCAGUGAAAGUCUUGGUGAAUUUGCUUAUGAUUCAGAGGGUUCACGGGAGUGUCAAACAGAGGGCGACGCCCCCGUGUGUGAGGAGCUUCCUUCCAGAGAUCAGGCAGGGUAUUACGAUGACGAUGACUUCCUGGGAAGGGAGAUAGCAGAGGAGCUAGGUGUACUGUCCUCUGAUAGCUCAGAGGAGGAGGUGCUGACCACCAGAGUGGUCCGACGCAGAGUUAUCAUUCAGGCAGAUGACCUACCAGACAUCCCAUCACAGACGGUCACGGAGGAGAAGUACACAGACGAGCACGGCAACAUCGUAGUUAAGAAAAUCACACGGAAGGUGAUUCGCAAAUAUGUGUCACCUGAUGGCAUGGAGACGCAGGAAGUGACCAUCGAGGGCUCUCACCAGGAGACGGUGCAGAUCGAGGAGGGAGACGCUGUCUCUAGAGUGGUAAAGAGAACUGUGCUUCGCAGUGAGGGGGAUCAGAAAGAGUUGACCUUCUCGGAGCCUUUGGCCCUGGGCGCCGCCACAUCAUCAGAAUUUGAGGUAGAGCCAGUUCAAGGUCGAAAGGUCAGCAAGGUUGUCAAGACGACGGUGGUGAGAGGAGAGAGGAUGGAGAAGCAAAUGGGAGACCCCUCGCUGGCUGCAGAUCUCCCUUCGGCCAGAGAGGACUUCGAGAAGGCAUUGAGUUACACUGGAGGCUUUGGGAAAAUGCUCGUGCCUCACGUAGUAGAGAAAGAGGUUGUGCAGGACGACGGCUCUGUGGUUAAAAGAAGCCACAUGCGUAAGUCACGAACCCAGAAGAGGACUGUGAUGAGGGAUGCCCAGGGGAAGCACGUGCACCUGGAGCGUCUGGACGACACCCCAGACGCCCUGCAGCCCGACGCACUGCAGCAGCACCUGCACCAACUGCUUCGACGCUACUGUGAGGACGACAGGGAGGAGGAGGGGGAGGACGGAGAUGAAGAGGAGGAAGGAGGCGACAUCGACGAGAGUUUUGACUGAGCGGCCGCUUCCCCGCCGGUCCUCUCCAUACAUCACCCGCUGAAGCCUUCGGUGGCGCACGCUUCCUCAGAUCAGGAUGUUCCAGAUCCCCUUCCUUGUUAUCCUCGCCGAUCACUGGAUUACAGUUUUUCUAUCGUCCUCUUUUUGUCGAAUGAUGGAACAACAGUACAUUGUGCUUUAACACUCUUCCUUCCCUCACAUUGUGUUUCAUUUGCUCUUUUUGUGACCAAAGAUAGCACCCUUCAUUUUUUUUUUUUUUUUUUUUGUCGGAUGAUGUUUUUUUUUUGUUUUUACCUUUUUGGCUGCUGUGGUGUGAUAACGGUACGAUGCACCAAAGGUCGAUGAAAGUCUA